AUGUCGCGAUCAGAAUGUCUCGAUGACACACAAAUGAUGUUGACAACUAGCCACUUGGACAAUAUAAUUCAACAUUAUAUUUUCCCAAUUCAGUUUAUCCUUGGUGUGGUUGGAAAUUCGAUGAAUCUUUUGGUAUUAUUGAGCAAAGGAAUGAGAUCUGAGACGAAUUAUUUGUUGUCAGCAAUGGCUUUUGCUGAUUUGUCACUAUUGUUUUGCAUGCUUCCUCAUUCAAUUGCAUCGUUUGAGAUCGCUUAUCGUAGCUAUAGUUUUCGAUAUAUUUAUUACAUCAGUAAACGGCAAAUCAAUGCAAUGGCCAAUUUAUUUUCUGCUGCUGCUGCAUGGCUUGUAUUGGCAGUAUCGAUAGAACGUUUUAUUGGCAUUCGUUCGCCUAUGCAAGCUCGUUUACAAUGGAGAGAUGGAAAAAUUAAAAUUUUAAUAAUUUCGAUAUUCGUUGGAGCAUUUAUUGUGACAUUCUAUCAUCAUAUUGCUUACAAAUAUAGUAUACAUAUCUUAUGUAAUGACACACAAUUAAGAGGAAAUGUGAUACCAAUUGAAUAUAACUGGACUGGUGAUAAAUUUUUUGGCAAAUUCGUAACGAAUUAUGUAAAGUUUAGCAAAUACUUGCAAUUAUUUACGGUUAUACUGGUCCCAAUUAUGGCUGUAGCUUUUUUAAACGUAUCCUUAAUAUGUUUCGUUAAAAAUCGUGACAUUCAUCAUCACAAUUACUCGAAUAAAUGGAGCAAAUGGAGCCUCGCUGAUACAGGGAUGGUGCAGCGACAAGAAAGAAGAGUAACUACCACAGUUUUGGCCAUAGUUACUUGUUUCACUAUUACACAUGCUCCCUCAUUGAUUCCUUUUGUAUGGGAGACUCUCGGCAUAUCCAUAUCGAAUCCACGACCAUUUCUUGCGACAGUUAGCAUCGUAAACUCUCUAGUUAUUACUGGAAAAGUCUUGAAUUUCGUCCUGUUUUGCUCAAGUUCUGUUUAUUUUCGGCGACGACUUAAUGCAAUUCUUCUUUCUCGAAUCGUUAGUUUUUCAUAA